CGGCCACCUUCCCCCAGUCGUCACGCCUCCGGCCUCCUUCCCUCCACCAGCGUCGCUCCUCCGCCCACCUCCCUCCACCGCCACCCCUCGGGCCACCUCCCUCCGCCACCAUUCAGCCUCCGGCCACCUCCCUCCGCCACCAUUCAGCCUUCGACCACCUCCCUCCGCCACCACCCACCUCGAGCCACUUCCCUCCUGGCUGCACGCCUCGCGAAGAAGACCCGCCGUUCGCCACCCACUGCUGGCCCAGCUCCUGGAGCCACUACAUCAGCACCCGCAUGUUCAGUUUCGGUUUGAGUUCAACUUCUAUUUUCGGUCCUUUUCUUGCGUAUGUUCCGUUCGACAUCUGGUGGUUCUUCAGACCAACAUAGUGUGCUUUUUCAAUUUAUCUUGCAGGUGAAAAAAAGAGCUCCCCUUUGAGUUCAAAUGGGUUCAAAGAAAAUGCUUUGCUGCAUUAUAGUUAGUGUUUUUUGUGUGUUGUUUGUGUACGCGAGUUACUUUUUGGGCAUCAUUCGAUCUGGACCAUAGUUGCUGCAGGGAUCUAUUUAGCACAUAUAAUUACAAAAACAUAGUUCAAAUAAUAUUCCCCCGAAAGUUCAAUAUUUAGGGUUCUGCGCGUGUCCUUACAUUAGCUAAUCUUCAUCAUGUCGAGAUAAUGCCUAAAGUGAAGAGAUUUUAUUAAUUCAUCUUUUGAAUGCCUUUCAGUUCAUCAACUUCUCGGCUGUCCUGAGUUGUAGCAUUGCUGCUACUAUCAAUGCGUUUGCAAGUUGCAACCAUUAUUGAUGCAUUUGUAUUUCUGAUCACUGAUGGUUUCAUGAGGAUGUGCUCAAAAAUUGCUACUGUAGGUUGCUCUUUGUUGCAUUUGGUACAGUCAAUUAAAAAUCAUUCUUUCUUAUGUUUCUGUGUUGUCAAAUAAAAUCUAAUGUACAUGUGAUGUCCAGUUUCUUCUUUAGGUUCAGUUCAAUAUCUAAAAUACGUUCAGUUUAAUUCUUAUGCGUCGUGACAAAUACAUAUAACAUGCUUUGUUGUGUGGGAUUUGGGGGGUGCCUAGUCUGGCUAAGAAUGCCUUAAUUACUGCUUUCUUUGCUCUGUUCAAGUGACAGAAAAGAUAAGUUCAAGAAUAUAUAUGCAGGAGGUUGGGAGCAAAAAAAACCUCAUAAUUUUUCUCAGUUCAAUGAUUGGAAGCAAAAAACUAUAGCUAGUGGUUUCGAUGUGUCAAAAUAUGAACACUUCUGCUCAAAUUAAGUUUGCAUCAGAGAUAUAGCCAUUUUCUUAGUGAAUUUUCUUUUAGUGAAACUUAUUUGAUUGCUCAAGAGAAGUGUUAUUUAUUAGUGAAUUUUCUUUUAGUGUAGAAGUUCAAUAUGUAUUUAUAUCAACAGUCCGUAUUGAACAAUACAAUCUAUGUGCUAAAACAUAACAGAUCAGUUCAUUGUCAGUACACGCUCUGAAGCUGCUCAGUACAGGUUGGGAAACAUUUUUGGAAUCAUGUAUAUAUAGCGGUUGCUUCCAAAUGAAUUUGUCAUUGCUAGUACAUUUUUGGUAGCAGAUGCUUCCAAGUGAAUUGCUGUUACUACUAUCUACAAUGUUGCUGCCAUGUUUUGUUAUUCUUUGAAUUUACUAUGUAACCACUGCUCAUGGUAACAUCAAACAACAAAUUUUAUAUGCCUGGCAUGUUUGAUCUGAUUUCACUCCAUGACCAUAGUGCAAAAUAAAAAACUACAGUAUCCUUGCUAGCUUACAGCUGUAAUUUUGAUUGCACAACAGUUUAAUUGCAUCACCAUCUCCCGGUGGGGCUCUGCUGCCGGAUCACCCUGGCUGUUCACAGCCACCACUCCAGGCCGUUCAACGCCACCACCCCUAGACAUUCAUUUCCAGCAGCACCCUGGAUCCCACCCCUCACCCUAGUUGUUUCAGUUAUCGAGUGAGUUUCAGUCCAACUUGAGCUCCUUGAGAUGAUCAUAUAAUUAACUUCAAAAUUAUUACAUGGUCCAUGUAUUUUACAGCAAGUCCAUGUGGUACUACAUGGGAAGUUCAAAAAUUACUUCUAGUGAGAGUUCAUUUAAAUCUAUAGGGUCCAGUCCCAUAUAUCUUUUAACCAGGUUCAUGGUGAAGCCCAGGGUGCUCGUCAGUGAUCAGAAGAAGCAGACCAUCAAGAAGGAGCUGUGCGACAUGGUGCAGCGGAGCUUGUUGACGAUGAAGGAUGUGAAGCUUCACCACCAUUCACAAUUCCAGUACGGUCCAGUUCGUCAUGAGGAUCUGGAGCUUCAACCUUUUCAGUUCAUCUUUCAUAUGCUUUUUAGUACAUCUACUUCCUCAUCAUGGAAGAAGGAAAUUAGUCCAACAGACGCAUCUAAAGUGAGAUGUCGUGCACCGCCCACUCGUCCUCAAGCUGCUCGUCGUGUCAUGCCGACUUGCCAUCAACCAUAGUUGUGGCUCAACCCCCAUGGUGCUUCCCCUCUAUUGUUUCCCUCACCAUGCUCUCAUGCGUAUUGGCGGCCUCGACGAGCUGACUAUGGUUGCUGCUCCUGCGUGUUGCAGUACGCCACCAAGCUGGUCACCAUUUAUAUUUUUGUUUUAGGUUCAUUUGUGUUCUUGUUGUCAGGUCGCCUGCAAACUUUUUAUCGUUGUUAGUUCAUGUGUGUUCUUGUUGUUA